UCAGGUCGAGAGACGUGUGGUUAGAAUCGACUCGUUGGCAACGUUCUCUCCGUGUUCUCUCUACGUUUUUCUCCUUAUCUUCGCUGAAUUUCUCGCCAGCCGGAUGAAAUUGUGCAAUCGAGGCCUACGUUCACGACGUCUCUCAAUAUGGGUUAAAUGGUGUUUUUCGGACGUGACUCGACAAGAUCGACGAUCCGAUUCUACCUGUUGUGUAGCAAACUUCGAUCGCCUGUGCAUUUCCGAGUGAAAAUUAGUGCGCUUGCCGUGUAAGUGUUUGUCGGAACGCAUCCUACCGAUCGAACGACAUUCGUUUAUUCGUGUAUUCGUUUCUCUUACUGUACGUCCCGUACAUAGCUGUAGGAGGGAAUCGAAAGGAAUAUUGCUCGUUGCAAGUAAAGAAGGAAAGAAUAGGAGUGGCGGCGAGUCAGCUUAUCGGAAUCGAAUGAACGAACCGUAUGCGUCGACGACGACGUCGAAGACGAGGACGACGGUAAUACGUAGUCGCUGAUGAUAGCGCAACGAAACACGGAUAAUGCGGCAACUACGUGACCGACCGAGCAACGUUCACCAGUGCGAGAGAUCAACCUCGACCUCCAAACGCUUUGCCGACAGUGUAGUCUCCAAGAGUUUACGCUUCGGAGGGACAAGAGAUAUUCAGGAAUGCCAUCCUUUUCCCUAUACAUACUUGGAAGACUGUGAUGCCGCGAUCGUAGAAAACUCUGUUCGUUCGAUUACUGCAAACGUCUACGAAAAAGAUUCUUACGUAGGUCCGCGAGAAACCGUUAAUCGAGACUAGAUUGGAUCGAGCGAAGUAGGACAAAGUGCAAUAAUCCUACUUAAGGACAAAUUCGUGCCGUGUAUUUCUUCUAUGUUUCCGAUGCGCGGAAAGAUCAAGGAUCUUCGGAAAGCGUUGCCGCAUCGGGAACAAAAGUCGUCGCUUCGAUCGAUCGAGCGUUCGAUUUUAAAUACGCGUAGACUAUUUUUCCUAUCCGCAUAAUUUACCUGGAUACUACCAUUCCACGGUAGCAUAGUAUUACUCAGAAAGGCUGCAAUGAAAACUAAGUACCUUAUAACGUACCAAAUAAAUCCGAUAGGUCGUUCGUUUUGAUAAGAAUUUUAAGAAAACGUGCAUAUUACGUGGGAGACGUCGGGAGAAUUUACAAAGAACUAGUUAAUCCGAUGUGAUUUGUCCUUUCUAUUCCUCUUCGUGUUCUCCGUAUUACGUUUGCAGAAAAAAUAAGAAAAUUCGACCGAGAUACGAAUUCCGUUUGUCGUUCGACGGUAAUCGACUGCAUCGAACAGCAGAGAGGAUCAGCGACAGAACAGCCAUGACUUUGGAUCGAUCGGACGAGCAAGGGCGCAUUUAGAAUACAGAAAGAGUCGUCGAGGUAUGUGCAACAAGUUAAGGGGAAGCACGUGACUGUUAGCUGCUAAAGCAAACAUCCGAGCAACAUAGAUAAAGUUGGAAGCGACGACCGCGAAACUUGAGGUACGCGCGCGCACAAGAAAAUAUGUACCUACGCUUGUACGUUCUCUUCCUGGCGAGUCGUGAGAAAAAACUCGCUGGCCGAGUUUAAAGGAAACGUCGAACAUUGGAAUCGGCCGGUUGGUUAUGAAUUACGGAAGUAAGAAAAAGAAAAAAGAAAAGAUAGGAAAAACAAAAGGUGUACAUUGAAUUUCGUGAUCGUACGUUGCCGAACUUAUCGUCGAUACGCCUAUGCCACGUACUCCGAAACCAUAUAGGAAAUUUGCUCGAGUUUCCUAAAUAAUAUCUUAUCUUUGCGGAAGGGUGUAAAACCUUGAAUGACUUUUCCAUUCUGCGGGUUUGUCUUUCACUCGUCCGAAGAGAGGACGAGACAAAUGCCCGUCGCUUCGGAAGAUUGGGUCCCGCACCCGGCUAAAAUAACCAGUUCCAUUACUACCGUCAAAGGUACCACUAUCCAAAGCACUACCACAGCUUGGAUGUCGCCGUACAGCAGAGCAUCUCCGUCCGAACGUCCAACUUCCAACAACAACAACAACAACAACAAUAAUGGAGUUGUUAUACUCGAAGGAUGUAGACCACCUGCUGCCACCACCGCUAGAAGGUUUCUCAGGUGGUUUAGCAGACUUGGUCAACCGCCAAUCGGAAAAUCAGGGGUGCUGGAGAUGGCGGCCACAGAGAGCACGAUCCGUUUCAGCGGCCAUACAUUGGACAAAGCUACAAAGGCCAAGGUAACGUUGGAGAAUUACUACAGUAAUCUGAUAGCUCAGCACAUCGAGCGAAAGCAAAGGCUCGCGAAACUAGAGGAAUCGUUGAAAGACGAAGGUCUGUCGGAACAACAGAAGCAGGAGAAACGGUUGCAGCAUGCUCAGAAAGAAACUGAAUUUCUCCGUUUGAAACGUUCCCGACUUGGCGUCGAAGAUUUCGAGCCUCUCAAAGUUAUCGGCAGAGGUGCUUUCGGAGAGGUAAGACUCGUGCAAAAGAAGGAUACCGGGCACGUAUAUGCGAUGAAAAUUUUAAGAAAAGCCGACAUGCUGGAGAAAGAGCAAGUGGCGCACGUCAGGGCGGAAAGAGACGUCCUAGUGGAAGCGGAUCAUCAAUGGGUCGUAAAAAUGUAUUAUAGCUUUCAAGAUCCUAUAAAUUUGUAUUUAAUCAUGGAGUUUCUUCCAGGCGGUGACAUGAUGACGUUGCUGAUGAAGAAAGAUACGCUGUCCGAAGAGUGCACGCAAUUUUAUAUUUCGGAGACAGCGUUAGCGAUCGAUUCUAUACAUAAACUGGGAUUUAUUCAUAGAGAUAUCAAACCGGACAAUCUGUUAUUGGAUGCACGAGGUCAUAUAAAACUCUCUGAUUUUGGAUUAUGUACGGGUCUGAAAAAGUCCCAUAGAACCGAUUUCUACAGAGAUCUCAGUCAAGCAAAGCCUUCGGAUUUCAUGACAUCGUGCGGAAGCGGAAGUGGCGGCGCGAUGGAUAGUAAAAGAAGAGCAGAGAGCUGGAAAAGAAAUAGGAGAGCUUUGGCUUAUAGUACAGUAGGAACACCCGAUUACAUAGCUCCGGAAGUAUUUUUACAAACAGGUUAUGGACCUGCUUGUGACUGUUGGUCCUUGGGAGUUAUCAUGUACGAGAUGCUCAUAGGAUAUCCACCAUUCUGCAGUGAAAAUCCCCAAGAAACUUACCGGAAGGUUAUGAAUUGGAGGGAGACCUUAGUUUUUCCGCCAGAAGUUCCCAUUAGCGAGGAAGCUAAAGAUACCAUAAUCAGGUUUUGUUGCGAAGCCGAUAGAAGAUUAGGUGCGCAAAGAGGUAUAGAAGAGCUUAAACUAGCCCCUUUCUUCCGUGGCGUCGAUUGGGAACAUAUCAGAGAAAGGCCAGCAGCAAUUCCAGUCGAAGUACGUUCUAUCGACGAUACUUCCAAUUUCGACGAAUUUCCCGACGUGAAAUUGGAGAUACGUUUGACGCAACGAGGCACGCCAACCAAGAAAUAGCAACACUCUAUUUCUUGCUCGGUUUCGACCAGUCAGCAGCCUGACGCAACUGGAAUUCCGGCCUUGGUACAUAACCCGUACCCUCCGAUGUCAUCAACGGCAUCUCGGACGGAUGGUUGAUUCGUUUUAUCUUCUGAAUACGGUCCAGUCAAUCAUCGGCAGUCAGACGCUUUUACAUGUACAUACGUGAUGAGAAAUAGUCACGACGUACGUACAUAAGGUACACGUUAUCGUAUGAAAAUGCGAAAGAAGAAGGAGAAAAGGAAGAAGACGUAAAAGGGCAAGGAAGAACAUGACAAAGACGAUAAAAAACGUCGUGUUGUUUUAGGACAAAGGACAAAAAAAAAAAAAAGAAAGAAAGAAAGAACGGAGUGAUAAAUAUUCCGGAGACGAGCAGGUGCAAAAAUCGUUGCACAUGUGAUAAGGAAGAACCGAAAUAUUUUCAUGCGCACUGUAACGUUUUUAGCGAUGUCGCAAUUAUAAAACACGUUUGUUUUUUCGUUCUAUCGUGAA